CAUUACGUCACAAACUGCGGAAACAAUUUUAAGUUUCACUUUCUGUUGAUUGUAAACGGCGAGUCAUACUUGCAGACUAGAAUUCGGUCAGUUAUAUAUGAAAUAUCUUGGUUUUGGUUUGAAGAAGUGACAGAUAGUUUGAGCGACAAGUCGUCUGCUGCACUGCUUCACGUUUUACGGUGUGAUUCGUUCAGUUUUCAGGUGGAAUCAUGUCUGUUUUAUUAAGAGAAAUCAGAUUCAUUGACCCAGAAGCAGCCUCAGUCCUGGAGGGUGCAGAUAUUUGCACAGACUCAGAUAUUCAGUUUCUGAGUCGAGAAGACCUGCGAGACUUGUUCCCUGGAAAUCAGGAGUUAAAGCGCAGAAAAACCAUUUUUGAUAUAAUUCACAAACAGAAACCAGUCGAUGUGCUCCUAGAAGGACUGAGGGACUUCAUCCCACAUGAAUCUUUGAGAGCUGCUCUAACUGGCAAUGGGGUUUUGGUCGACUAUCUUCGUAUCCUGAAGAACAUGAAGACACAGAUGGAUAAUGUGCAAACUUUCCUUGAUGCGCACAUCAAUCUGCUAGAGAACAUUAGCAAACCUGGGCCCAACCAGGAACUUCAACAUGGAUCUAAAUCAUCCACCUCAGCCACCACUGGUCCAGUGGAGCCUUACCUUAACCAACCUCAUGACUAUCAACAAGGAGUUUAUGGAUCCAAAUCAACCACCUCAGCCACCAGUGGUCCAGUGGAAUUUUCCAGUAACCAGUCUCAUGACUAUCAACAAGCACCUUAUGGAUCUAAAUUAAUCACCUCAGCCACCGGUGGUCCAGUGAUGCUUGACAAUAACCAAUCUCAUGACUACCAACAAGGAGCUUAUGGAUCUAAAUCAACCACCUCAGGCACUGGUGGUCCAGUGGAGCCUUACAUUAACCAACCUCAUGACUAUCAACAAAGAAGUUAUGAAUCUACAUCAACCACCUCAGCCACCAGUGGUCCAGUGAUGCUUGACAAUAACCAACCUCAUGAGCGUCAACCAAGAACUCAUGGAUCUAAAUCAACCACCUCAGCCACCAGUGGUCCAGUGAUGCUUGACAAUAACCAACCUCAUGAGCGUCAACCAAGAACUCAUGGAUCUACAUCAACCACCUCAAUCUUCACUGGUCUGGGGAAGCCCCUCAAAAGCCAAACUGAUCCACAAAGAACACUCGGUUCACCUGUACGCUCAGAUGUCAGUGGUGAGAAGGGUUCCUACUUUAGCCAUACAGGUAGAGGUCAUGAUCUACGAAUAGCCAUAAUGAAAUACCAAGUGUUUGUCAGUGGUGAAACAUUUGGUGCACAUGUACAGCUGAUGGACUACAUAAAGGCUUCAUCUCUGAAUCGUAAGCUUCAACUUGUGGAGAGCAAUCAGGACCCUCAGAUCAUCUUCGUCUUCUGCCCGAUCGUGUCACGUCUUGCGACUGACGCUAAUGCAGCUUUGGAGGAUGUAAAAGUCUCCAGAGGACAGGAGUCCAUCAUCCUGGUGCUGAUGCAUCACGCACACGAGGUCAAGUGUGUAACACAUCUGAGAACAUGGGAAGAGUACCCAAAUGUUGUGUUACAUGUCCACGUUUUCUACCACGAGAAAGAGCAUGGAUUACUGAGGUGUCGAGAAAAUAAGGAUGCUGUCUCUCAGAUACAAAGCAAACUGCUGGAGAUGCAUCCGUGUAAAUACAUCAGCGCUGAUGCUCAGGAUGAAAUUAGUAUGACAGGUAGUAGACAGGUAGACAACAGCGGCUCUCACAAUGACGGUGAUAAGAACAGUGAUAGUAAACAUUCACAGAAUUUUUUUUCCCGCUGGUUGCUUAAGUAGAAGUGCUAUUUUUGGUCGCAGUAGUGAUGGUAUGAUUUGAGUUCACAUCACACUGUAAGUGAAACAAUACAUAUUGGACUACAUCAACAGCAAAAAUAUCACAGUGAAAUGGAAAAAUUUAAAUGUAAAGAUUGCAGAAAACUUAAUCUUUUUCUUCUUUGUACAGUUAGAUCAGGUACUAAUAAUACUGGUCUAAUAAUGUCUCUGUAAAUAGCUAAAGGCAGAGCUCUGCGUACAUUUCCAGCUAUUGAAUGUUCUAAAGCCACAUGGUGUAACGUGCAUUUUAGGAAUUAUUGCUGCAAUAAAGACAAAUAAACAGACAAACAGUAACUAGCCAGAGGUUCAACUUCAUGUAUUUAUCCAAGACUAAUCAAUUACGUGUAAUAAAAGUGUGCAGUGUUUGUAAAUGCACAGUUUUGUUUAAUUUUAAAUAAACUGUCAGUAACAGUGUCA